CUUCGCGCCAUCUUUAUUUUUAUAUUUUAAAUUAGAAAAUCGCGGGAGUUAUUCUUUUUUUUUUAAGGUUAUAAUUUCAUCUACCACUGAAAAUUAAAAUGGUUCGAACACUCGAUAGAGCCGUAAAAACUGGUGGAAAAAAUGCGAAAGCUGCACCUUCAACAUCAAGUACAAGAAGUAGAUCUCCAUCAAAUGGGCCGAGUGACAGAGCUUACAGUUCAUACAAUUCGGUUUGCCCUCGUGAAACUCCCGCCUGGCAGAAGCCGAUAACUUCGUUUUUCCAAAAUUCCGAGAAGGCACCAACACUUGCCGACUUGAGAUCUAAGCGCCCAUCACCCGCUAAGGACAUUGCAACCGACACACAGAUGGAGGCAGAAGAGGCUCAACCAAGCGUCGCGGGAAGCAGUAAGAUGCCGGCAGCUAAUGUGGAAGAAAUUCGUAUUACGGAGAAUCGAAAUGAUUGUGAAAUGGAGGAGAGCGUUAUUUCUGUGGUCGCGAAAAUUAGGCCGCGAGAGGAUGAUGAUAAUGAGGAACCGAAAAAGAAGAGGAAAUUAAAUGUUGAUAUGUAUUCAAAACUGGAACUGUUAGAAUCGAAUUAAGUAUUGUUUAUUUUUUAACUCUCAAGUAUUAUGUAAAAUAUUUAAAUUAUCUCAUUAAAUAAAUUAAUUUAA